AUGGGUAAGAAUGAAGGUGAAAAUGCCCUUCUUCAAGAACCCCUUUUGAAUGGUAGUGCUAGUAAUGGUAUAGAGUCGAAUAAGUCUGGUGGGGGUGAAACUGUGACCCCUUAUUCCAAUAAUAGUUUCUUUAGUGUCCUUACUUUCUCUUGGAUGGGUAAUUUGAUUGCUGCCGGCUCCAAAAAAACCUUUGGACCUCAAGGAUGUUUCAUUUUCCCAUCAAGACUUAUCUGCAUUCAGGUUGGUGAAUUGGUGCCUGUGGAUUGCUUAUCAUAUUGUUAUGUACUAUUUGUCUAG